AUGUCUGACCUUGAUGAGUCCAUCGAGCUGCAGUGGGAUACAUUACUCCUCCAUCCCCUCAGUCAUUCAGGUCAAUCCUUGUCUCUGAACAAUCUCGCAGUCAGCCUUAUAAACAGAUUCCAGCAGCAUGGGAUCAUGGCUGACCUUGAUGAGGCCAUCGAGCUGCGUCGGGAUGCAUUACUCCUCCGUCCCCCCAGUCAUUCAGAUCGAUUCAUGUCUCUGAAAAAUCUUGCUGUCAGCCUUCACGACAGAUUCGAGCAGCAUGGGAUCAUGGCUGACCUUGAUGAGGCCAUCGAGCUGCUUCAGGAUGCAUUACUCCUCCGUCCCCCUGGUCAUUCAGAUCGAUUCAUGUCUCUGAACAGUCUUGCUGUCAGCCUUCACGACAGAUUCGAGCAGCCAUCUCGCACAGAUCUUCAUGUUGCUAAGUCGUGGGUGGCCUUCGCUGACACCCUCAAUCACAGCUCUGCACUGCUUGCCUAUAAGACUGCAUCGAGAUUCCUAGAUCAGCAAGUAGCUCUCUUGUCACCUUCUUUGCAUCAUUUCGAUGUCAUCAGGGAGGCUGUUUCUUCCCUUGCCACAGAUGCUUUUUCAUGCAGUAUUCGUCAACAUGCUCUGACAACUGCAGUGGAGCUGGUGGAGCAAGGUCGUGCAGUAUUCUGGACCCAGUUGGCAUGCUUCGGCACGCCGCUGGAUGAACUUUCUGUUUCAAGUGACACAGGGGCGGCCUUGGCAGAAGAGUUCAAAUGGUUAAGUUUUCGCCUUCAUAACGCAUUUGAUCAGCCUACUGAAGACCAGUCUCCUCAAAUUCGGCAACUGACCAUGCAAUGGGAUGAUGUGGUUUCAUGGAUCUGCACAAUUCCUGACUUUUCUCGAUUUCUCCUGCCUCCCCUUUUCUCCGACCUGCAGAAGGCAGCUGAAGGCAGUCCUGUCAUCAUUAGUGCUGCUGCGGUCCGGUCCAGAACCAUGGUUCGAACUGGACUUUUGGUCCGGUUCUCCGCGGUUCGGUCCAUGGUUCUCGCGCCAGCCAGAACCGGACCGGAAAACGGUUCUCGGUUCUAG